ACCACGAUCCCCCCAGUAGGAAAUGACUGCGGUUCCAGAGCCUCAGCGGCCAGAGCGUGUCUGCGUGUAUUUACUGAGUGUCUAUUGAGUGCCAGGCACCAUAUCUAUGUUCAGUGAAAAACCCUGUGAGGCCCACAGAGGACCUUAUACUCAGUGACCAUCUUUGCUUGUGGAAAUAACAGUGGUAUCAAUCACAUAUAUUUGCUGCUAUUUGCUUCUAAACCCACUCAGAACGGGAACAAUUUGGACUCACUUGCUGGCUACAGAAACCCUGUCACCAUGAUGCAUUUCAAAAGUGGACUUGAGUUAACUGAGCUACAAAACAUGACUGUACCAGAAGAUGAUAAUGUUAGCAAUGAUUCCAAUGAUUUCACUGAAGUAGAAAAUGGUCAGAUAAAUAGCAAGUUUAUUUCUGAUUGGGAAAGUAGAAGAAGUCUCACAAACAGCCAUUUGGAAAAAAAGAAAUGUGAUGAAUAUAUUCCAGGAACAACCUCCUUAGGAAUGUCUGUUUUUAACCUAAGCAACGCCAUUAUGGGCAGUGGGAUUCUGGGACUUGCAUUUGCCCUGGCCAAUACCGGAAUCCUUCUUUUUCUGAUCCUAUUGGUUUCGGUGACAUUGCUGUCUAUAUAUUCAAUAAACCUCCUACUGAUCUGCUCCAAGGAAACAGGUUGCAUGGUUUAUGAAAAACUGGGUGAGCAAGUCUUUGGUACCACAGAGAAGUUUGUGAUCUUCGGAGCUACAUCUCUCCAGAACACUGGAGCAAUGCUGAGCUAUCUCUUCAUAGUAAAAAAUGAACUUCCUUCAGCCAUCAAGUUCCUCAUGGGAAAAGAAGAGGAAUUUCCAGCCUGGUAUAUGGAUGGACGGGUGCUGGUGGUGGCGGUGACCUUCGGCAUAAUUCUCCCUCUGUGUCUCUUGAAGAACUUAGGUUAUCUUGGCUACACCAGUGGAUUUUCCUUGAGCUGUAUGGUGUUUUCCCUAAUAGUGGUAAUCUACAAGAAAUUUCAAAUUCCCUGCAUUGCUGCAGCCCUCAAUGCAACAAGUCUUAAUUCAACAAACAGUGUUAUGUGUACACCAAAAUAUGUCACCUUCAAUUCUAAGACUGUGUAUGCUUUAUCAACCAUUGCCUUUGCAUUUGUAUGUCACCCCUCGGUCCUGCCAAUCUACAGCGAGCUGAAAGACCGAUCACAGAAAAAAAUGCAGAUGGUGGCAAAUAUCUCCUUUUUCGCCAUGUUUCUGAUGUACUUCUUGAUGGCCAUUUUUGGAUACUUGACUUUUUAUGGAGCUGUGCAGUCAGAACUCCUUCACAAGUACCAGAGCAGAGACAAGGACAUUCUCAUCCUGACAGUGCAGCUGGCUGUCAUUGUCACAGUGCCGGUGUUGUUUUUCACAGUUCGUUCAUCCUUGUUUGAAUUGGCUAAGAAAAUGAAAUUUAACUUAUGUGACCAUGCCUUGGUUACAUUUUUUCUCUUGGUGAUCAUCAACUUGCUGGUGAUCUUUAUCCCCUCCAUGAAGGAUAUCUUUGGAGUUGUAGGUGUUACCUCUGCUAAUAUGCUUAUUUUCAUCCUUCCUUCAUCUCUUUAUUUAAAAAUCACAAACCAGGAUGGAGAUAAAGGCACACAAAGAAUUUGGGCUGCCCUCUUUUUGGGACUGGGGGUACUGUUUUCCUUGGUCAGCAUUCCUCUGGUCAUCUACGACUGGGCCUGCUCAUCAGGUUAGCAAUGAAGGCCACUAAAACCAACCCAGGAAAGAAAAGCUUCCUGACCCGACACUCAUUAACCUGUCAAUCAUCAGCAAUACCCACCCCUCCACUUCCUUUCAAGUUUACAGAAGCAAACAGAAAUUAUAAGAUGCUGAAAAUGGAACAACACUGGUGGCACACAGAGGCCCUUUUCUCUGGUGCUUCCUAGUCCUCUCAGACUUGAGGUCUAUGUGUGGAUUGUGCAUAUUUUUCCCUCCAGAUUUCAUGCAAAAUUUUUAAAAUUUAUUUUUGUUGUUAUUAUAAAGGUGAUGUACAGAGGGGUUACAGUUUCAUAAGUCAGGCAAUGUGUGCAUUUCUUAUUUUUGACAAUGUACAUUUCCCCCCCA